CUCUUUUUUGUAGCAAUGAUUCUUGUCAUGCUAGUUAAUCCAGGAUAUUGUGCACUUACUAUGGAAGCUAAUUCUUCCUUUGCGCUCGUUUCUGAUGGAGUUGGAGAGGUUCAGCAACCAGAUUUUAUUGUUUUUGAGCACUGGCCUUCAUCAGAUAGCAGCUAUAGCCAGAGGAUUGGAUUCAUGCCAUGCACCACCACUGUGCCUGGAAACAUAUUCCUUAUGCUUGUGUAUGUUUCAUUGAUGUUGUUUGCAGCCAAGCUCUUGUAUGACGGGAGUGAAAUUCUGGUGGAAGUUGUUAGUCCUAGAAUUUCUGGUGGGGUUUUUCUACCUCUGCUCGGCUCGCUUCUUGAUGCUAUUAUCAGCUUUGCAUCCAAGCUAUGUGGGAACACAGAAACUGCUGAAAAUGAUAAGGUGUCAGCUGGGAUCGGUUUGCUAACUGGAUCAACUGCUAUGCUUCUGAUGUUGCUAGGGGGAUGCUACAUCAUAGAUGGUUCAGCUCUUAGUACUAACGUCAGGGCUAGCUAUACUGCGAGGAUCAUGGUCAAAUCUGUCAUGCCAUUCAUCAUAAUCCAACUAUCACAAAUUCUCAACAGGACUUCACCGAUUUGCUUAGUGGUCUUGAUUUCACUCAUUAUCUCUGUUUCUUUAUUGCUUGCAUAUUGCCUUUAUCAGGUCUUUCACCCUUCUAUUUUGAAAAGAAGACUUACAUAUGCAAACCCCAAGCAUAUUAUGCCUAGAACUGAAAAAAAUUUGAAAAGUUGUUCAUUGGGAAGGCUCUUAACAGCUAAUGAUGAACCUGAUGUGGAAGAUAUGAGAAGGUUAUAUGAGGUGAUUGGAGAGAAUUCAGAUCAGUUGAUCUCUGCUAGUGAGUUAAGAGCGCUGAUAACAGGAUUCCCGAUUAAAGACAAAGAUUCAGCCAUUGAUGAUGCUGUUGGAGAAGUAAUGAGAGAUUUUGAUUCAUGUGGGGAUUCUAAAAUUAAUAUCGAUGUGUUUAUCAAAGAAAUCUCAAAAUGGCGUAGUAAGAAUUCAGCAGCUUGUUCCAGUGACAAUGAUUUGAAUACAAGACUAGUUGUAGACUUCUUCAAUUUGGCGGCAAACAGAGAGCAUGAACUGCUGGGUGUUCAGAGUGAUGAGGUUGCAAAGAUCAAAAACCCCAAAUGGAGUGCCUCUAAAGCAGUGCUGAUGCUGCUUUUGGGAUCUCUGAUAGCUGCUACAUUUGCUGAUUCUCUUAUCAAUGCUGUCGGCAACUUCUCCACUGAUACAAACAUUCCUUCUUUCCUUGUCUCAUUUACUGUUCUGCCUUUCGCCAUCUCCAGUGAGGCGGUGGCAGCUCUAAUGUUUGCCAGCCAAAACAAGUUGAGGAUUUCUUUAACAUUUUCAAAGAUAUAUGGGGCGGUGAGCAUGAACAACCUCCUUUGCCUGUCAAUCUUCUUAGGCCUGCUUUAUUUUCGCCAUUUAACAUGGAACUUCACAUCUGAUGUGCUGAUUAUACUCAUUGUUUGGAGCUUUCUUCCAAAAAACAUGGGAUGACCAAAAAA